GAGGGGAACAAGCCAAGGGGCUAUAUAACCCUUCAGUUUCCAGUUCCCUGACCACCACCCAGAGCAGAGGAGCCCGACUGAGCACUGUCAGGGAUUCCGUGAAGUAGCUCCAGUUGAAGAUGUGUGAAGAAGAGGACAGCACUGCCCUGGUGUGUGACAAUGGCUCUGGACUCUGUAAGGCUGGCUUUGCAGGGGAUGAUGCUCCCAGGGCUGUUUUCCCAUCCAUUGUGGGCCGUCCCCGACAUCAGGGGGUGAUGGUGGGAAUGGGUCAAAAAGACAGCUAUGUGGGCGAUGAAGCACAAAGCAAAAGAGGAAUCCUGACCUUGAAGUAUCCAAUAGAACACGGCAUCAUCACCAACUGGGAUGACAUGGAAAAGAUAUGGCACCACUCUUUCUACAAUGAGCUUCGUGUUGCCCCUGAAGAGCAUCCAACCCUGCUCACCGAGGCACCUCUGAACCCCAAGGCGAAUCGGGAGAAAAUGACCCAGAUCAUGUUUGAGACCUUCAAUGUCCCAGCCAUGUAUGUAGCUAUUCAGGCUGUGCUGUCCCUGUACGCCUCUGGACGUACAACUGGCAUUGUGCUCGACUCUGGAGAUGGUGUCACCCACAACGUGCCCAUCUACGAAGGCUAUGCCCUGCCCCACGCCAUCAUGCGUCUGGACCUGGCUGGCCGAGAUCUCACCGACUACCUCAUGAAGAUCCUGACCGAGCGUGGCUAUUCCUUUGUGACUACUGCUGAGCGUGAGAUUGUCCGAGACAUCAAGGAAAAACUAUGCUAUGUGGCUCUGGACUUCGAAAAUGAGAUGGCCACUGCCGCGUCCUCCUCCUCUCUGGAGAAGAGCUACGAGCUGCCUGAUGGUCAAGUGAUCACAAUCGGGAAUGAACGCUUCCGUUGUCCUGAGACCCUGUUCCAGCCAUCCUUCAUUGGGAUGGAAUCUGCUGGUAUCCAUGAAACCACAUACAACAGCAUCAUGAAGUGUGAUAUCGACAUCCGAAAGGAUCUCUAUGCUAACAAUGUCCUCUCAGGGGGCACUACCAUGUACCCUGGCAUUGCUGACCGGAUGCAGAAGGAGAUCACAGCCCUAGCACCGAGCACCAUGAAGAUCAAGAUUAUUGCCCCUCCCGAGCGCAAAUACUCUGUCUGGAUCGGUGGCUCCAUCCUGGCUUCGUUGUCCACCUUCCAGCAGAUGUGGAUCAGCAAACAGGAGUAUGAUGAAGCCGGGCCCUCUAUUGUCCAUCGCAAAUGCUUCUAAAACAUGCCUCUGCUCUGUCUGUCUGUAGCACAUAACUGUGAAGGUUUUGUGGAAUACUGUCUUAGCUCCUUUCCAAAUCAUUCCUAGCCAAAGCUCUGACUGGUUGGUUACCUAUGUGUUUUUUAAAUAAACCUGAAAU